GACAGAUUCAGAAUUUGACAUUUGUCUGCGAUUUGUUGUGAACGAAGGUGCUCUAAAGUUCUAGUAAAAUCUUUCCAAAGUUUAAUAAAAUCGCCUGUUGGUGCCCCCUUAAAAGACUGUCAAAUUCUUGAUCAAGCUGUAUUACAACCAGAUAGAAUGAUGGCCGAAUCGGAUGCAACGGUAGAAGCCACAAGACGUCUAAAUGUAAAAAAGCAGACUUUAGAUGACGCUUAUGCCGCCCCGGCUAAUUUCCUUGAAAUCGACGUUGUAAAUCCAGUAACAACGAUCGGCGUUGGCAAAAAACGUUAUACGGAUUAUGAAGUGAAAAUGAGGACUAACUUGCCAGUUUUUAAAGUCAAAGAAUCCAGCGUUAGACGGAGGUACAGCGAUUUUGAAUGGUUAAGGAAUGAAUUGGAAAGGGACAGUAAAAUUGUAGUACCUCCCUUGCCGGGGAAGGCUUGGAAGAGGCAGUUGCCUUUUAGAGGUGAUGAUGGUAUAUUUGAGGAAGACUUCAUUGAAGAGAGGAGAAAAGGUCUGGAAGUCUUUAUUAACAAGAUUGCGGGUCAUCCCUUAGCCCAAAACGAGCGUUGUUUACACAUGUUUUUGCAAGAGCCUCACAUUGACAAAAAUUACGUUCCCGGGAAAAUUCGCAAUACGUAAGCCAGCACAGAUGCAAAAGUAGUUUAUAUUUAAAUUCCAUCUUUUUCUGAGUUUUUUACGUACUGCUGCAAAUUUGAAAUUAAGACCUUUAUUAUUAUAUAUUUUUCUCUUCUGAUAUCUUUUUAAAAAAUCAUGUAUGUAUGUAUGAUUGUAUAUGUUAUGAUUGGUAGUUUUUUAAGAAGAAAUGAAGCCUACGAUACUUUGAUAAAAAUACUAAUAAAAUUAUGAAAAAAUAAGUUAAUUGAUGGAAGUGUUUCCAUACUAUAUCUUGUGAAAAUUAGGCUUUAUGUAUAGAUUAUGUCAGUUAUGUAAUAUUUACUCAAAUAAAUUUAUUUAUAUCAAGA